GGGUCGUGCAGUCUUUCUGCUAUUGACUUUUGCAAUCUGCACCUACUUGGGUCAAGGUGAAAAUGAUGCAAGUGUUCAAAUUGGAAUGCUCGCCAGACAGCUGAUGCUACAACAGUUCUAUGUAGAGGAGAGAAUCCGUUCUGAUGGUCAUUCUGGUGUCAAGCAAACUCGUUACAUGGCAACUGGGACAAAAUCGUACUACUCCAACACCCAUGUGCACACUGGGGGUGUAGCAGCGAUUCAUGAACAUGCAAACAAUAAGCGUACUGUAGGAAUGGGAGAAUUCACUGCUGUUAUGAAUGGUGUUGAAUUCAGGACACGACAUAAUGAUUACAGUCUGAGGAUGCCUAGUCCAAACUCAACUGAUUAUAACGAUAAUGUGGACAUUCCAUUUCCCAAGGUUCCUCCCGCUGUUUUAUCUAAACCUGAUAUUGAAUCCCAAAGUGAGGAGCUCCGUGAAUGGUUCAAGGCAUGGAGAGAUGACGACUUUUCGGUGAGAGACUUCCGUCCAUACUUCAAACCAGUUUUAUGCUACUUAGAGGGAGGAUGGACAACAUCAACAAGCGAUAAAAUUGAUGAGCCAUUUAAAAGUGACCGCCAUUUCAUUGACGCCACAAUAUGGAGUGAACUGAUGGAGAAAGUAAUGUAUACAUCCUACACUGGUUCUAAAAGCCGUUUGGAAAAUCUUGCCUAUCUUCCAGUUAAAAUCAUGAAUUUUGCAAAUGACACUACUCCGAUCUUUGCACAAUGGAACUAUCGUAUAAUGUGUCAUCCAAUCAAAAGACAUGUCCCUUUGCAUGCCUUCCACUUGGUUGACGACAUCAAAACCAGAAAGAUGCGACAGGAAACAACUGAGAAACUUUCCAUGUCCAGGAAAGCCAGGUUUCAAAUCAACCAUAUACUGAGUAACAAAAAAGACUACCAGGAUGGAGGUUCUAAAAGAUCAACACUCCUUGAUGAGCUAAUGUAUGAGGUUCCUGGUAAAGAAAACUACCGUGGUACUAUAAAGGAUACAACUCUGGAUGGUAAUAUUGUCAAACGAGAGGAUGGAUCAACGCUGAAUGCAGCCUACUAUCAUCGAUUCUUCAAAGUAGCUGAGAAAGAUGCUAUGGGAGAGGCUCUCCAUCGACGAGGAUUUUCUGAUGAUAAUCUAUUCAUGGCAAAAACAACGCAACCAAAGAUUGCAUCCAUGGAACAAACUGUAUGUAGAAGGCGCAAAUGUGUGACUGAAACGUCAAGGUGGACAUAUGCUUUUCCAUUGGAGAUAAUAUACCUUACACCCCUCAACUCAUGGAAUCCCUACAAACUUGAAUACAAAGGAGACGCAAAGUCAGAAGCUGGCAUGACUGUCACAGCUGGGAAAAGAAAUGGAGCACUAAAUGAAGCUAAGGCAUAUAAUGGUACCAACCGAAAACUCUAUUACAUCACACCAAAUGAGUUUUUCCAGAAUACACAGAUUGAGAAAACGAAUGCAGAUACAGCUCGAGGGAGUGUUGGGGUUUUAGAUGGUAAUGGUGUUAUGAGAAAAGUGAAGGCAGCUGGUACAAGAAUCUUUUUCCCAGAAAUCCCUGAUGUUGGCCGUCUACGACAACGCUACCCCAUAAUGCCCAUCCAUGCUGAGGGAAGCACCAUCUAUAAGAACCUUGAAGCACUAACUGACAUUGUCAUGGAUCUUCAAGAUAACAUGGAACUACUGAGAAAACCACUCAUUAAUGAACCAUCUACACAUCCCAAAUAUGAAGGCAUUACUCUUGGACUCACAACAGCGACCAAAAAUAUCGGGCCCCAUGUUCAUAGUGUUGAACUGACAGCUAAAGAUGUGGAAGAUACAAUGAAUGGUAAACGAAUCAUUAAAGAUACAAGUGAGGCUGCAGGGCACACACAUCGGUUGAAGAUUGUGUAUAAAGGAGGCAAGUGGCUGGCAGUGAGGUGUGACAAUAAAGCUAUAUGUUGGGAUGGCCAUGGAAAAGAGCUUGAAGUCAUUGAAUAAUUGCUCUUUAGCAUAAGCAGACAGGACAAUCAGAGACUAAAUGCAAGACUACAUACAAUAUACUAGGUACAGUUUCACAUGUCCAAAGGUUCCUUCUUAAAUACCAUACUGUGGCUACUGGCCACAUAACCUUAUGAAAAUCAUAGGCUUCCCUAGAAAACCAAUGGUAAACCCAAUUAACUUACCAACCAACCAACCAACCAAUCAACCAACCAAUCAAUCAACCAACCAACCAACCAACCAACCAAUCAAUCAAUCAAUUUGGAAACUGGAUGAUGAAAUGUAUAUACAACUUCAAAGGACAUUUCAUGAGACAUUUCUAUAUGUAUUUUACUAAUGUUUUGCAUGAAUAUUUGGACAUUCAUUUGUUUAUUUCAUUUAUACAACCUUGAAUUAAUAUUUAAAAUUAAUUCAUAUUGUAUUCCUAUUUGCGAUUAUAAAAUAA